AAGACUAAAGGGACUUGACAGCACAGUGUGUCGGGAUGUGGUUUUAAUAAUUUGGCAUAGUUAAACAAUUUGAAAUGCAGUAAUUAGGACUUGUAGUAAUAUUUCAUUUUAUGACAUUUUAGACAUUUUAUGUCUUGGGAUGCUGAAUUAACAAAUACUUAUUUUAGCGUUCUCUAAUCAAGAAUGGAGGUUGAUAUGAAUCAAUUUGUCAGAUUGGGAAACAUUUUGAGCUUUGAAUAAAUGGUAUAAUCAAUAGGAUUGUAGACAAACCACUGUAGUGGCAGCACAUGUCUGCUGUUAUGGACUGAAAAUAUGCCCUGUGAGGAUGAUUCAACCACAUAAAAUCUAGACAGGUAAAAAAUAUGAACCUCCCUUCACUGUUCAUCUAAAGUUAAGAAAGAUUUCUGUGUAGAUAGGCUGGAGUUCAUAAGACUCUACCAUCUUGCUUCCCUAAACAAAUCACAUUCUUUACACCCUUCGAACCACAUUCACGUCAAUAGAGCAGCAGUGACGCAUACAGGUGCUGUGGAUUACUCUUGCGCGGCCAACGUCAAUAAGCCAAAAGAAACAGUUGUUUCUAUAGUCACUGCUGAGGAUUGAUUCACGCAUAAGGAUCAACAUGACUAAGACUGACCAAUGAAGAAGAAAAACGUUAAGGAAUUCAUUUUGAAGCUAACCCUUAACCAUGAAGUAGCCUUGGAAUGUUUGGUGUGGAGCACCUGAAUGAAGUUUUGACAGUGUUAAGAUGCUGUCUCAAAAAUGUCUCAAGAUGUGUUACCACAAAUGGCUUUGCUUGGUGUCACUCUUUCCUACUUUCUACAAUUUCAAAAAUGUAUGACAUAGUGGGAGCACGGGACUGUGUGGCCUCUCAAACUGCUGUACACCAACAGCUGUUCUGAUGAUGAUAGGACACAGGAAGGCCCUUAUGCUGCUCUCUGAGCCAUUUAAAUUUUAAAGAUCCUCUGAAGAGUCAGCUGUAGGCCUGUGAGUGUGUGUGUGUGUGUAUGUGUGUGUGUGUGCAGAGGGACAACUCUCCACUCUCUGCCACUUCUCUAGAUUUGUUGGCUUGGGAAAUUCACAUGCAAAAAGUCUCCUGAGUGUUCUUUAACUCGGUUCAGAGAUUCACAGGGUGCUUUACAUCCAGGAAAAUGGGAGCCUUUAUUGCUAAGAUGUUGUUGCCUACCAUCAGCAGUUUGGUGUUUCUGCCUGCAGCCAGUGUUGCCGCAAAGAGAGGCUUCCACAUGGAGGCCAUGGUCUACUUCUUUACAAUGUUCUUCACAUCGAUCUAUCAUGCGUGCGAUGGACCAGGCCUGUCAGUUCUGUGUUUCAUGAAAUAUGAGAUUUUGGAGUAUUUCAGCGUUUAUGGUACAUCAAUCUCUAUAUGGGUUACAUUAUUAGCUCUGGGAGAUUUUGAAGAGCCCAAGCGCUCCACGCUCACCAUGUUUGGAGUGCUUACCUCUGCUGUGAGGAUAUACCAGGACCGCUGGGGCUAUGGCAUCUACUCUGGCCCCAUUGGCACAGCUGUGCUCAUGAUCACAGUCAAAUGGUUACAAAAAAUGAAAGAGAAGAAGGGCCUGUACCCAGACAAAAGUGUGUACACUCAGCAAGUGGGACCGGGAUGCUGCUUUGGAGCCCUGGCUUUGAUGCUUCGCUUCUAUUUUGAGGAGUGGGACUAUGCUUACGUGCACAGUUUUUACCACCUGUCAUUGGCUGUGUCCUUCGUACUUCUGCUGCCAAAGAAGAACCGCUAUGCAGGGACAGGGCGCAAUGCAGCCAAACUCAACUGCUACACACUCUGCUGCUGUACAUCCCAACCUUCAGUAAAAGCGAAUGCUCGAUCCAUUUGGACGACACCACAAAAGCCAUGGAUGCGGGCAUGCAGUCCUGGCCUUCCAUUUCGCCACUCGGUUACAAUGUAACACGGAAAGAUGUCUGCUACCAGCAAUUCAACAGUGUGGCCAGUUAUAUGACCUUCAGGCAAGCCAAGAAUGUGUGGGCCAACAUAGUCAUUCAGCACAACACAGAUUUUAAUGUUGAAAGAUGCCCUUGUAAAGUUUGGAGCAAAAGGCUACUAAAGGCUUAGCCUCCAAAUGUGUAGACAUAUGAAGUGGUUGUAUAAAACCAAGUAGUCAUAGGGUUACUAAGACGGCUGACGUCCAGCUGGAAAGUUUACGAGUCGCGAAACAUAGCAGACAUUUUAUUUCUCCAGAAUGAAUAAAUUGUCUUUUAAGAUGUACCUCAGGAGAGAUUGCUUGUCUACAUUUCUCUAAGAGAAAUGGCCAUUAAAUGCAGUUAAAAAUGCUGAAAAAUACCAGAACUAAAAAAACCCCCAACCAAAUCUUAUUCUUCAUAUUUAUUGUCAUGUCAUUUGGUACAUCAGCCAUCUGAACACAGCUGAAAUAAACUAAAAUGUUCCAGGAACAAGAAGAAAACAAUCAUUCUGAUGUGUCUUGCAGCAGGUGGAAAGUAGUGUGUUUAUUCCAGUGUACUGACCGUUUUUUUCCCUUUGAAAUUUAUGAUGUAGUUAUGCCAACAACUGUGUAAAUAUAUUUAUUUUUUUGUAAUACCAAUACUAGUUGAAGGUUGUAAUUUCAUUAUUUU